AUGAUCAACGAGACCGCUGCGUUUGGAGACCUGGACCCAAAUGUUUCUGAACCGCUGCUGUCUCACCUUCUUCCCAGCCAUAACCGGACAACCUUCCCCGCGCUGCGACUAGAGUCCAAGUCUCUGGUCACUUCAGCCACGAUGUUCGCCGUGGGAGUCCUGGGGAACCUCGUCGCCAUCGUGGUGCUGUGCGUCUCCAAGAAGGAGCAGAAGGAAACCACCUUCUACACGCUGGUGUGCGGGAUGGCCAUCACUGACCUGCUGGGGACGUGCUUCACCAGCCCGGUGGUCAUCGCCACCUACGUGGCCAGCAGGUGGCCCGGAGGAGCGCUGCUUUGCCACUUCUUCUCCUUCUCUAUGCUGUUCUUCGGCGCGGCGGGCAUGUCCAUCCUCUGCGCCAUGGCGGUGGAGCGGUACCUGGCCAUCAACCAUGCGUAUUUCUACUCCAUGCACAUAGACCGGACCAUGGCGCGCUUUGCGCUCCUGGUCAUCUACCUGGCUAACAUAGUGCUGUGCAUCAUGCCGAGCUUUGGCUUCGGUCAGCACGUCCGGCACUUCCCCGGCACUUGGUGUUUCCUGGACUGGAGGUCGGUGGAUCCAGUUGGAGCUUGUUACUCCUUCCUGUACGGAGGCGUCAUGUUGCUGCUGAUUGCCGUCACCGUCCUCUGCAACCUGGCGGUGUGCAGGGUCCUGGUGGGGAUGAACCAGAGGACCGGGAUCGUGCGGACGGAGCUGUGUGAGCACAGCGGCUCGCGGCGUUGCUUCCCGCGGCUGCCGUCCGUCACCUCCGCCGCGGAGAUCCAGAUGUUCUGGCUGCUGGUCUUCAUGACCAUCGUGUUCCUGGUCUGCUCUAUUCCUCUGGUGGUGCGAAUCUUUGUGAACCAGCUCUAUGACCCCUCCUAUGUGUCUGCUGGGGGAAGACCCGACUACCGCAGCGACAUGUUGGCCAUCCGCUUCGCCUCGUUCAACCCCAUCCUGGACCCCUGGGUCUACAUUUUAUGCAGAAAGAACCUGCUGCUGAAAGGCUGUGGAAGGCUAAAGAACGCGAUCACCAGGGUCAAGGACGGCCGUGGGGGGGAGAAGAGCUGGGUGGGGGGUCAAACCUCCCCUCCCUCCAUUCACAGCAACGACACCAGUUAUGCGUCAUUACGCACAGCCAGCUUCAGGACCGGCACAGGACACCAGAUGUCCACCAAGAACACCUCUUUCACAGACUUCGCGAUCCGGCAGGCGUGGGAGUACGAUACGGCACGUGUCAACUUCCACCCGUUCAGUGUGGAAUCCACCGCGUUCGGCGGCGAGGAAGACGCGGCGACGCGCUCUGGAAGGGAAGCCGUGGAGGAAGCUUCUCCUGGGCGUGGAGGCGUGGUGAUCAUCCGGAGAGGAGACAUCGUUACCUGCACCUUCAGCACCCCGAGCUCCAGUCAGUCAGCUAAAUGCUUCUGAAGCACUCAGGUCGGGUUCCUGGACCCACGCGGGGAGAUUU